AUGUCCGACGGCGAAAACGACCUCUUCAACAUCCAAGUCUCCGACUCCGAAGACGACAAGAUUGAGAAAAAGUCCAAGCGAACCGGUCAGUCAGAAGAGGAAUUUCAGGCCGUGAAAAGAACUUACCGCGCAAAGGUGGAAAAUGGCAACAUUCAUGAGACCAUCUCUCUCCCACUGGGACCUGAUGCGAACAAACAGCAUGUCCAGGAAGUCAUUCACGCGGCGGAAGAAUUGUACUUCUUCCGUCGCUAUCAGCAGGUCAUCGAUCUCGUGUCAAAGGUCCUGGCCCUUGAAGGCGACAAAGGUGGCUUGGACGACGAAUCGAAACAGCUGCUCUCCAUGUAUCAGUCAAGAUGUAGGCAAAAAUUAACACAAACCGAUUGA